CUGAUUGGUUCGGUGCGCGGCAGGAAUAAACACUCUCUGAGUAUAUAUAUUGCUGCAAGGUGUGACACUUCCAAGAAACAAGAAGUCUCUCUUAGAAAAGCUACUACAGAGCAGCGGUCAUUCAGCAUCACCCAAAGAUUCAGAGAGCGACAGGAUGAGGGCGCAGAUCCAAAAAGUUCCUCAGAUUGUUGAGCUGCUGAAGAAGAAGUCGGUGGGGCUGCAGCACUUCAAGCCCACAUCCUCCGUGUGCGUCCUGGAGCAGAAGGAUGCUGUGGAGGCUGCGCCGUGUCCACAUGCUGCCUUCAGGGCGCACAGUUUAGACGCGAUCCCGGGGCCCACCAACUGGCCCCUGGUCGGGAGUCUGGUGGAGCUGCUGCGAAAAGGAGGACUGACCAGACAACAUGAAGCCCUGAUUGAUUAUCAUAAGAAAUUCGGGAAGAUCUUCCGGAUGAAGCUGGGGUCUUUUGAGUCGGUGCACAUUGGCGCUCCUUGCUUGUUGGAGGCUCUCUAUAGGAAGGAGAGUAAUUACCCCCAGAGGCUUGAGAUCAAACCAUGGAAAGCAUACAGAGACCUAAGAGAUGAGGCGUACGGACUCCUCAUUCUGGAGGGGAAAGACUGGCAGAGAGUCAGGAGCGCGUUUCAGCAGAAACUCAUGAAGCCGACUGAGGUGGUGAAGCUUGAUGGCAAAAUAAAUCAGGUGCUGACGGACUUCAUUAGCAGGGUUGGAAAAGUAAGCAACAACGGAAAGAUUGAAGACUUGUACUUCGAGCUGAAUAAAUGGUCGUUUGAGACGAUUUGUCUCAUCCUGUAUGACAAGAGAUUUGGUCUUCUCCAGGAGAAAGUCGAUGAGGAAGCCAUGAACUUCAUCACAGCUGUGAAAACAAUGAUGAGCACCUUUGGUAUGAUGAUGGUCACACCAGUGGAGCUCCACAAGGGCCUUAACACCAAAACAUGGCAGGACCACACCGCAGCAUGGGAUCGCAUUUUUAACACAGCCAAAGUCUACAUUGACAAGAAGCUGAAGAGGAAUGCCGACAGAGAUCCAGAUGAUUUAAUCGGUGACAUCCUUCAACAAAGCUCCCUCUCCAAAAAGGAGUUGUAUGCAGCCAUCACUGAACUGCAGAUUGGAGGAGUUGAAACAACUGCCAACAGCAUGCUGUGGGUUAUUUUCAACCUGUCACGUAACCCUGCUGCUCAAAAGAGGCUGCUGCAGGAGAUCAGAGAGGUUGUGCCUCAAGACCAAGAUCCCUCAGGGGAGCACAUCAAGAGCAUGCCCUACCUCAAGGCCUGCCUCAAGGAGUCAAUGAGGUUGUCCCCAUCUGUUCCCUUCACAAGCAGGACGCUGGACAAAGACACUGUGUUGGGAGAUUAUGCCAUUCCUAAAGGAACAGUGUUAAUGAUUAACAGCCAUGCAAUCGGCUCAAACGAAGAAUACUUUGAUGAUGGGAAGCAGUUCAAACCUGAGCGCUGGCUGCGAGAGAACAGCACCAUCAACCCUUUCGCCCAUGUUCCUUUUGGUAUUGGGAAGAGGAUGUGCAUCGGUCGGCGCCUGGCGGAGCUGCAGCUGCAGCUGGCCAUGUGUUGGUUGGUCAGAGACUACGAGAUUGUGGCGACAGAUAACGAGCCCCUUGAUGUGAUUCAUUCGGGGCUUUUGGUUCCUAGCAGGGAACUGCCAGUGGCCUUUGUCAAGAGAUAAGGCCUUGUGUUCAUCUCCUCUGGACGAAGCAACAGAAAGUCUUUACUCCUGAUGGUCCAGUGACUCCCUAAAUGCUGCUGUGUACAUAAAGAAAAGUAUAUAUCUAUAAUUUUGUGCCAUAAAUACCUCAAACAUAUUUAAAGUAAAAUGUAAGCCUAUUAAAACUGACUUAAAGAACAGUUGUAAUUACUAAACUGAAUGUUUUAUCAAGGCAGCUUUUUAAAAUGUCUUAUAUUUAGAAAAAAAUUACUUUAUACUAUUCCUUGUUUACUAACUUUUAUAUAUAUGUAUGUAUAUAAGAGCCAUGUCUGCUA